AUGUGAAUCUCCUUCUAUCCGUUCCAGAUCACAGCUAUCCUGGCUAGCUCCGAGCUCUCCAAUGCCUUCUGGUGGCCCAAGACAACGACGGAAUCCCCCGGCGGUGGCCAAGUGCUACAACAGAUCCCGCUCACCUACUUCCGCACCUACACAUACCAGCCUCUGGCGCCCGGCGGUCCCUUCAGCCUGCCCUUCUUUGGCUUUGGAGCGGCACAGACGCCCCUGCUCCCUGGCCCCCAGUACGAUCCGUAUGCGCUGACCAGCUAUGCGGCUGCUCGGCGGCAUGACACAGCCUCUCGGCCGGACGUUACUCCUCCGGUGGCGAUGGUAGCGGGAUUGGGCAGUGCCGCCCCGAGCACCAGUACUACCACUACCACCACUCCUGCGCCCACGACAACAACGACGACGACUACAACGACCACCACGCCGGCACCGACCACGACAACAACUACGAGCACUACCACACCACCGCCACCGUCGCCUCCUCCUGCACAGCAGCACCAAGCUACGAGCUUCUCCGAGGGAUCCUCGUCAGCCUCGGGAUCCAGCUUGCUGCGCUACGGGGAAUACCCCACCUACAGCCGGCGGGUGAGCAACCUGUACAACGCCCGGCCCCAAUAUCCAUAUCCGGACUACUUUAACUACCAGGCGCCGCAAAAUAUGAUGGCGGCAGCGGCAGCCGCGGCGGCAGCGGAACAGGGAACCAGUGGCACUCGCAUCCAAUUCGUGCCCUGCAUGUGUCCCAUCAGUGUGCCCAGUGUCGUCUCGGCCGCUUCUCCCCAAGCAGCAGCAGCCACAGCGCCUCCGCUGGCCGCCGUCGUCACCUCUCCCUCGUCCGAAUCGCAGCCGGCGGCUCGUCACAUUGAGAGACACAGCCAGGAACUGGAAGCGGAUGCCGAUGGCGAGACGGAGAGCGAUGGCGAGGAGGAUCAGGAGGAGGAGGACCAGGAGCAGGACCAGGAACCAGGCCAGCAAGAGGAUGGUGCCACUAAGACCGAACCGGAACCGCUGGAGACGACCUCAGACAGUCCUGUCUAGGGGCUUCAAUCGAAUUAGCAGUCCAAGUCACAGCCACAGCCUCUAUAGUAUUAAGACACACGCCUCCUCGACUGAUUUUUGUCACCCUUUUUUUUCUCUUAUUUAUUA